AUGGAACGUGAAGGGAGCCUUGCCACCAUCUGUUAUGAGACAAAUUACAACUAUGGGUUCGAACGGACAGAACUUUUCAUGUGUGGAGAAGAUGAAUACUGCUGUGGGACACAGAGAAACAGAGAGUGCUGCGAAGAAGAAGAUGUGACUGGUAUCAUCAUAGGAUGUGUGGUAGGAUUGGUGAUCCUUAUUAUAGUGGUGAUAGUCGUUAUAUGCUUGUUGAAGAAUUGUAAUGGGGUACAGAAAGGCGUGACUAUCAAUCCAUAUCCAAAUGGAAUGACCGGGGGAGUUGUUAUGCAGCCACAACAAUACCAGACUAUCUGUUUUCACAUUUUCAUCUUUUUUUCAGCUCCUGUGACCAGAAUGCAGCCUCUCACCGGCAACUACAUUAUGCCUCCAGCACAAAAUAACACAGCUUACACAGUACAAUCUCAUAUAGCGCCUCCCAUUAACGCGGAAUCAAACGAUGUCCCACCUCCAUUUAAUUACAUCCCUCCACAACAUGUCAUGUGGCAUUGA